AAGGGGCAUUGAGCGCUUCUUUAUAUUUGUUGGGCAGAGGUUGGAAGUAUUUGAUUUUGGCGUUUCGGUUACAGUUUUCAGCGAUUGGAAUACACACUGUAUACAGUAACUACAGGAGAGCUACACUUCAUUACGUUGUGCUGACUGAGUGAAACCUCAAAAGGAGAUACAACCCGAAAGACAGGGGGAAUGGCAGAUCGCAUGAUGGCUAUGAACCACGGACGAUUCCCCGACGCAGCAAACGGCAUUCACCAUCACCACCCAGCACACAGAAUGGGAAUGGGACAGUAUUCAAAUCCUCAUCUCCACCACCAACAGCAGCAGCAGCAACAGCACGCAUACAAUGGGUUAAUGGGCGAUCAUUUACACUACGGAGGGGGAAAUAUGAACUCAAACAACGGGGUAAGGCAUGCAAUGGCGCUAGGGAAUGUGAAUGUAAAUGGGGGUCAUCCCAACAACAACAUACCUCCCAACGCAAGAUACAAUACACAAUACGUGGGACCUGCUGUCAAUAGCCAAGGGCAGCUGGCGGCUAGCAUGCAGCUACAGAAACUCAACAACCAGUAUUAUACCCAUCACCAGCCUGCUCCUCAACAUCAUUACCUGCCGGACUUGCACCCUGCAGACCAUCAGAUGAACGGGCCAGGCCUGCAAUACAGAGACUGCAGUCCAAAACGGAGCACCUCAGGCAUGCCUCCUCCGGUUCACCAUCAUGUGCCUGCAGCAAUGCUGCCCCCCAAUGUCAUAGAUACGGAUUUUAUUGACGAGGAAGUCUUGAUGUCUUUAGUUAUAGAAAUGGGUUUGGACAGAAUAAAAGAAUUGCCAGAGCUCUGGUUGGGACAAAAUGAGUUUGAUUUCAUGACAGACUUUGUUUGCAAACAGCAACCCAGCAGAGUGAGUUGUUAAUCUCACCAAAGGGACUUGUUUUUUUUUGUUUUUAAAUACAGUACAAAAAAAAAAAAAAAAAAAAACAUUCCUUGACAGCUACAGUAUCUCUUUUCUUAAUGGCAUUGACUUGGCAGAAAUUGUGCAGUUUGGUCAAAAUAAUGUUCUUCAGACCAGUGUUAAUUUUUUAAAAUAAUAAUAAUAAUAAUAAUAAUGAUAUUGGUAUAUAUGUCUGGGUAACUAAAGACUACCCCCCCUGAAAGUCUGAGGCAUUAUUAUUAUUUAGCAAAUGCUUUUAUCCAAAGAGACUUACAGAGACUAGGGAGUGA